AUGUACGUGUCAUUGUUACUAAGAUACAAAAGUAUGAUACUCGCUAGUAUAUUCUUUUUCUACCUUGGUUGUGGAAUAACACUAAACUCUCUGCGCCUUGAAUGUGCUGAUGCUCACACUACCAAAGAUUUGAGCGAUACUAAGUAUAGUUUAGGUAAAAUUGAAUAUGCAGUACUAGUUUUAAGUGGACCUAACAAUGAAGCCAAGAGAGAUGCUAUAAGAGCCACUUGGAUGAAGUUCUCAAAUAAUAUAUUUGUGGAGAAUGGAGAGAAACUAUACAAGUGGAACCAUACAUGGACUGAGCAUCAUGUGCCACAUGAAUUCAUAAAGUUCUACUUCGUAAUUGGCACUCAAGGUUUGAGUGAAACGAAGCUGACAAGGUUACAUACUGAAAAUAACAGAAGCAAUGACCUCUUAUUAUUAGACAGCUUUGAAGAUAGUUAUAAGAACCUAGCUAUAAAAAUGUUACAUUCAUUAAAGUGGCUGACUACUAAUUUAAGUGGAUUAAAAUAUUUGAUAAAGUGUGAUGAUGACUCCUUUGUAAGAGUUGAUUUGAUAAUAAAAGAUCUAGAAGCUUAUGCACCCGAGAUGAAUGCUCAUGAAAUAAGUGAAUAUGUAACGUAUAAGAAAGAUCUACCUUCAUACAAAGGCUUGUAUUGGGGAUAUUUCGAUGGCCGAGCACGAGUUUAUUUGAAUGGAAAAUGGCAAGAGAAGGAUUGGUUCCUGUGUGACAACUACCUACCUUACGCAUUAGGUGGUGGCUAUGUCAUAUCUCGUAGUAUUGUAGACUUCGUUGGAAGGAAUGCUGACAUAUUAGGACAUUAUAAUUCCGAGGAUGUUUCCAUGGGAGUGUGGACAGCCUCUUUAGAUGGUAUGAACAGAGUCCAUGAUGUCAGAUUUGACACUGAAUGGAAAACCAGAGGCUGCUCCACACAAAUGUUAGUUCGACACAAACAGGCACCUGCGGACAUGUUCCAACUGUACAAAACAUUGGUACAUUCACACGGACAGAAACUUUGCAAGACUGAAACUAUAUUAAGGAAAUCUUAUCUUUAUAAAUGGGAUGUGCUACCAAGCAUGUGCUGUAAGUAG